AUGGCGGGUGACUACGUGUCAGUCAGUGUUACUGGCCCGACUGACCCUGUGACCCAGUCCCAGCGUCACGACCCCUGCUGUGAGGAAGUGCAGCACCGCUCUUGCGCCCUGUCUGGUCACAUUGAACCCCUGUUGGUUCAUAGGGCCUCAUUAUCUCUGCAGAAUCGCUUCAGUGAGCUAUCGGGAGAGCUCUCACGCCGUGGACAACGUCGAGGUCCUGACCGAGGGUGGGCACAUGGGGACAAGGCCGAGGCAGAGCGCGAGGGAGGGUGGGCAGCUUCUCAGCCCGGGGGUGGUCUGCGAUUCCGGACAGACAGACUGACGUCCCCGACAAGCGUGGGUGAAAAGGGGGUCUGGGCGGUGACACAAAAAGCUCCCGCUCGGAGCCGAGCGCCUGGCGGCGGUGUCCGACCGGGAGCGCGGAGGGCGGCGGGGCAGGUGGGGCGCCUCCCGAGAGGCCGAGCCGGGAGCUGGGGCUGCAGGCACAGCCGCCGCGCGCGUCUGGCUGAGCGGGUGGCAGGCGCGUCGGGACCACCCAGCGAUGCUGCCGCCGCCGCUGCGGUCACCGCCUCUGUAGCGUGCGCCCGCGCCCGCUUUUGGACCGUGGAGGAUAGUGGCGGGGCUCAGGGAUCCCGGAGAGGGGAGCGCGGGACGCGGCGGGGCGGCCCUGGGGCGCGGGGAAGGUGGUCCCUGGAGUUACGUUUCUCCCGAGCGCUGGUGGAGUUGGGCUGGCGGCUGGGGCGGGGAGAGGCGCUGUCGGCAGCUCAGCCGAGUCCUCGGAUGCCCCCUGAAGCUGUGGCCCGAGGGAGCUGGUCGCGUGCCCGCGCCGCGCGCGCGCCCCUGGAGUGCACGUGCGUGCGCGCGCGCCCCAGCUGCACCCCUACCCCACACUCCCCCCGAACAGGCCCCUCGCAAGACCAGGGUCGAGCUCCUUCCCUAUCCCCAGAAGUUGUCUCUGCGACCCCGGGGCCCCUUGGGGGAGGAGAGGGCGCAGUGGCCGGCCAGAUGUUGGGGAGAUUUUGUGAGGACCCACGCGCCUGGGGCGCCUGCUCCUGGAAGGGCAGCGGCAGGACAAAGCAGUCUGGACUCGUGGGACGCUGCUCGGGAGGCGGCGGUCCCCAGUCCCGCCUAAGGUGGGGGCGGGGAGCACCGCACGGCUUUGGAAAGAGUAGAGAAAUAGGCAAAACAUAGUGACAAUGACUUGAUAAGGUGGCGGACAGAGCGAAGGAAAGGAUGCUCGCCAACGCAGCGCUGGCGUGUCUGUCUGGGCGGGUGACUGGGCCCCCGCAUUCCCACAUAACCGGGUUUACCUAGUUUAUUUUGCUUGUGCCCCUCGAUGUCAUUCACUGCCUUCUCGUCUUUCUUUCUUUCUGAGGGAUUACCGUUGCUAGUAGAGGUAUAGCACCGGAGGGUAACUUGGGGGCAGGGGAGACUGCAGGGGAGUGGGGGGAGGUAGGUGGUUAUUUAUCCUAUAGAGACAAUUAGGAAGCGUUACGCCCCCUCCGCGGCCCGCCAGCCCGCCACACCUCGGCGGUCCUCCACCUCUCCUAGUGCACCGUCGCUCCUCUGCCCGGGGAGGAUGCUUGGAUUUCUUUGCUGCGCGUAUCUAACCCUU